CGGGGUCUGUGCGCAUGCGUGGGAGGCCGUAGGGCGGGCGCGCGUGAGCUCCCGGUGCCGGUUCCCGUCGGUCCCGGGUCCCCUACCCAGCCCCGGGGUCCCGUCGGGAUGGCGGAGCUGCGAUUCGGGCCUGUUAAUGCGGCCGCAUUGGUGCGACCUGGGCCAUCCGUAUUCUGAGAGCUGCCUCUCGCUCCAGAAAGGCGCCAGGCCGCGUUGCCCCAUCCCUUGGCCUCGCCGGGCACACGGAGCGGGGUGCCGGGUCUCCCCCUCAGUGCAGAGGCCAUGAAGAUUAACCAGGACACGGUGCUGCGGGGCAAGAAGGUGACGCUGGUGCCCUACACCGCUGCACACGUGCCCCGGUACCACGAGUGGAUGCAGUCGGAGGAGCUGCAGCGCCUGACGGCCUCGGAGCCCCUGAGCCUGGAGCAGGAGUACGAGAUGCAGCGCAGCUGGCGGGACGACACUGACAAGUGCACCUUCAUCGUGCUGGACUCGGAGCUCUGGCCUGGGCAGGAGGAGGAGAACUCCAUGGUUGGGGAUGUGAAUCUCUUCCUCACCAACACCGAGGACCCGACUGUGGGCGAGAUCGAAAUCAUGAUUGCAGAGCCCAGCUGCCGUGGCAGAGGGUUUGGCAAGGAGGCAACUCUGCUGAUGAUGGCCUAUGGAGUGAGAAAACUGGGGAUCACCAAGUUUGAGGCUAAGAUUGGUCAGGAAAAUGAAGCCAGUAUCUGCAUGUUCAAAAAGCUUCACUUUAAGGAGGUUGCUGUGAACAGCAUUUUCCAGGAGGUGACCCUGAGGCUGGAUGUCAGUGACCAGGAGAGACAGUGGCUCCUGGAGCAGACAAAGCACGUGGAGGAGAAGAGUUACGCUGAGCUGAAGCAGCCAGCUGGGGUGCAGGACAGCUGACAGACACCUCCAGACACCAGCUGGGUUUCCAGGGAGAAGUUGGACGUUGUUGCAAGGUCUGGGUGUGGAGGACACCAGAGAGCCAACAGUGGAGCUGUUCUGUCUCCUUCAGCUGCUUUGUCAUCUUGUCAACUUUGCACUUUGCUCCCCCAGCCAGGAUUACUGCCUGAAAUUUGGACCUGGGGAACAGCCACUAACUCAUAGGUUUGGCUAGGAAUGACUCUGACUUUGAUUUGCUGUUCCAACAGAGCCUAAAAUCACCAGCAGUGAUUCCUGGACAAGCAGAAACUUCUCCCACUGCUCUUAAAUCAGGAUUCAUCAGCGAGGAGGUUUCAUAUACUGGCAGCUCAUUCUUUUUUACUCUUGAAUAAAAAAUAAAAAAAUCACAAAGAUUCUGAAGUGCCUGAGCACUAUGUGUGGCUAAGCUGCUUUCUUUGGCAGCUCAAAAAGUGGCUCAGAAGUUGUAAAGGACAGCAGAGACCCUUUAAACCCAGUUUCCUGGGGUGUGGUAGGUUGCAGGGGGGCACUGCUGGGUCCUGGCAGGGAGGAGCUCAGAUGGGGGUGAGCACAAACAAAGGGCAAGCUAAUAUGAUGGAAAUUGUUGAUAUUGGCUGAUCAAGGCUGGAGCUGAGCCCCACCACUAUGAGGGGGCUGAGAGCUACAGGAGGCUUCUGAGACAAACCCCCUCCAGCUUCAGGGCUGAAAACCUCAGGCCAGCAGUGAUGUUGCACUUCAUUUUCCUUGGCUGCUUUGCUGAAAGAAAGGAGAAUGCACUGAAAGGAGCCAGCUCCCUUCUUCCACCAGCUCAGGACUCACUCUGCUGAUCCUGGAGGGUCCAUUUGCUGCUCUCCACUAAGAUAAAGAUGAACGUGGGGGAAAGAUCUCUUGCUGGGGGGCAGAUGUACUUAGGGCAGGAGUUAUCCAGCCUCUAGAUCUGAGGUCCAUGGAUGAAAAAGAGGCACUUGCCUGACUCCCACUGGACAAACUUCCCUGUGCAGUGACUCAGCCUGACCUGUCCUGCCCUACACACACUGUCCACAGCAGGGAAGCUGCUAAGAGUAGAGGACAGAAGGUAAGAAGGAUAACUGAUGCUCCUUUGUGUUUUCAUACUGUAACAGCAGCUCAAAUCCUAGACCGCAAAUUAUCUGUUUCAGUGGUAGAAGAUCAGGUAAUAACUUUCAGAUUUGCCGAGGGAUGUUUUGGAGAUUGGCAGUCUGUGGAAUUUUUAUUGUUGCUGUGCCUGUGUUUGUAGGGCCUGGGGGCUUUAGUUUUCCAAUUUUAGCUAAUUUAAAUACAUUAUUCCUGUGACUAAUAUUAAA